AUGAAAAUGUAAACAAUCCGAACUAUUGAUUUCAGCAAGGCAAAUAAAUAGAUAAAAGAUCUUUCUCAUAAAUUUCUGUAGAGUAAAAUGCUUAGAAAGAACAAAGAGAAUUGUAACCCAAAUACAAUUGUUUAAGAGAGUGCGGCUAAAUUACUAUUAGAAGCCCUCCAAAAACCAAUUCUAAGAAACUUGAGAGAGUUGAUAAGGAUAAAAGAAUCAGUAGUUUGUGAUAGAAAUAUCUUUGAUGAAGUAUGUUCAAUGGGAGUGAGCGAAAAUUUAGAUGUAGGAGAAGGAUUCAAGAUUUCAUUUGCUAAUUUAAGUAUCAAAUAGGAAAGCAUUGUAGAUUGUGAGAGUAUUUAACCAACAAAUGCUCCAAUUCUAUUGUUUAUGGUACUUCAAAACAUUAGAAAGAAGAAGAUGAUUAUUUCAUUUUAGGAAAUCAAAUUUUUUAUAUUGUAAAGGAAUUUAUGCUCAGUUAAUAAGAAAUUGUAAUAUGCUAAAAAAGAAUAAUUAAGAAAGAUACUUACAAAUAAAAUGAAAUAAGAACAAUUAUUAAUGUNA